UCCGCGAACGCGAAUAGUCGCCGAAAUCCCGUUUCAUUCGGACUUUUCCUUUAUACAGUUUUAACAAAUUAUUUGUUUUUGUAGGUAUUCGAGCUCUUACGCAUGGUGGAUAGGUUUGUUUACGCACAAGGAAUGAUUUCAAACUUGCUGUAGUUUUUCCUCUUCGGAUUUGAGCAGUCCGGCGUCUGUUUCUGAUGUCCGUGGAACAAGACACGCUCCUCCGGUGCCCGUUUGUGUUUGGAUACAGCGCAGAUUACAGAUCCACGGGAAUGCUGUGAUCAAUGUAGGACAUAUGUAACCAAGUCCGCACAUCAUUCGGAGGGUCUUGCCAAAGGGUCUCAAGACGAGGAAAAGCAACUGUAAAUGGAUCGUCAUUCCAGCCUUGUUUCUCUCUGGUUUCAGCUGGAACUAUGUGCGAUGGCCGUUCUUCUCACGAAAGGAGAGAUAAGGUGUUACUGCGAUGCCCCGCACUGCGUUGCCACUGGAUACAUGUGUAAAUCGGAGCUUAACGCGUGUUUCACUAAGGUCCUGGACCCGCUUAACACAAACUCACCUCUAACGCACGGCUGUUUAGAUCCGCUUGUAAACUCUGAGGACGUGUGCGCCAGCAAAAACGUGGACGGAAGUUCCUCUCCUGUAGAGUGUUGUCAUGACGACAUGUGCAACUACAGAGGACUGCAUGACCUCGCGCAUCCUCGAGGUGACUCCACGGACCGAUACCACAGCUCCAAUCAAAACCUGAUCACAAGGGUGCAGGAGUUAGCAUCGGCUAAAGAAGUGUGGUUCCGGGCGGCAGUGAUAGCCGUGCCCAUAGCGGGCGGCCUUAUCCUGGUUCUGCUGAUUAUGCUGGCGCUGCGAAUGCUUCGUAGUGAGAACAAGCGUCUCCAGGCCCAGCGCCAACAGAUGCUGUCUCGCCUCCAUUACAGUUUCCAUGGACACCACCAUGCCAAAAAAGGCCAUGUGGCCAAGUUGGACUUGGAGUGCAUGGUGCCGGUAACAGGACAUGAGAACUGCUGCAUCGGCUGCGAUAAGUUGCGGCAGACUGACUUGUGUACUGGAGGAGGAACGGGAGGUGAACGGCUAUUAUCUUUGGUUCACUGGGGGAUGUACACGGGGCACGGCAAGCUGGAGUUUGUAUGACUACUUGGAACUUCCUCUGUGGGACACAUACUCACCUGCUCAUAGUUGGUGAGGCCUGAGUAACUGUGUAGUGUUUUGCUAAUGUAAUUUUAUUAUUUUCUCCCUCCGUGUGUUAUUUUAUUGUCUCCUUAUGCGGAGACUGAAGACAUUUCAAGGACACAAAUCUUUGUGUUUCUCAAAAAGAGCACUUUACUUGAAUUAGAGUGGCUGUGGGGCUCAGGUGAAACGGAAAGGGUGGUGCAAUGGACGCAACCCCGCCCCUUUCCCACCGAAGCCACGUCCUGUGGAUCUUGGACUGACACUUAAGACUGAAGGAUUCUUAAAGACAGUCUUAUUUUGCACAUUUGUAUAAAACCGGCUAGAUGUCGAUGGGUAAAUGAGGGGGUAGGUUAUGAAUGUGACUGAUGUGUUGCGUUCAUAGUGACAUUUUUGAAGAAUUUUACACUGACACCAGGGUACAACUAUGUUUGUUUUAGUCAAAUUGUACGAAUAAAAAAAUCCAAUGUUGACUCUAACAGA